GCUGGGAAGAAUAUACACAUAUCCCCGGAAAUGCUGUGUCAGGCUAUGAAAAUCUGACGAAAGAAAUUUCAAAAUCCAAGUUGCCUAAAAGUUAUUUUCUUGGAGUGCUUGGUAUGCCCGGAAUGACUGCUUAUGUUGGUCUCAAUAAAUUUGGCAAACCGAAAAAAUGUGAAACUAUUUUUAUUUCGGCCGCAUCAGGUGCGGUUGGCCAAGUAGUGGGACAAAUAGCAAAAAUUAAAGGAUUACGUGUAAUUGGCUCCGCCAGUAGCGAUUCCAAACUUAAAUAUCUUGAAGAAUUGAAUUUUGAUGGUGCAUUUAACUAUAAAACUUGUAAUAUUGAUGAGAAAUUGACAGAAUUAUGUCCAGAUGGAAUUGACAUUUAUUUUGAUAAUGUCGGUGGUGAAAUGCUUGAUAUGGUUCUUACUCAUCUUAACAUCAAUUCCCGUGUUGUUGCAUGCGGUAUGAUCUCUCAAUAUAAUACCAAUGCUCCUUAUGGUGUAAAAAACUUGAUGCACGUUGUUACAAAACGUAUUACAAUUCAAGGCUUUAUCGUAUCUGAUCAUUACCAAGAAACCGAGUCUUUCCGAAAAGAUAUGGAUGAAUGGUUAGAACAAGGUAAAUUGAAGUAUAAGGAAGAUAUUGUUGAAGGAAUCCAAAACGCACCAGAGGCAUUUUUAAAUUUGUUAACUG